CAUUUAACACUAUAAAUUAUUAGGGCUUAGACACAAAGAAGAACGAUAUGGAAGCCGGCGGCAAACGCAGACGAACCGGCGAAGUUAUCGCCAACGGCCUCAACAACAACAACAACAACAACAUCAACAACAUUGACCUCUCUCUCCUCGAGGCCUUGGAGAAAUCUCAAUCCACUGUCGAAGUUCUCGACCUUCGCGCUCUCAAGAAGCUCGUCCUUUCUUUCGAGCGCCGUCUCAAAGAGAACAUUGAAGCUCGUCUCAAAUACCCCGACCAACCCGACCGAUUCGCCGACACCGAGGUCGACCUCCACGACGAGCUCGAGAAGCUCAAAGUCCUCGCCGGCGGUCCCGAGUUGUACCCUGACCUCGUCAAUCUCAACGUCAUUCCCUCGAUUUUAGGUCUGCUCUCUCACGAUAACACCGACAUUGCCAUCGAUGUCGUUCACUUGUUACAAGAUUUGACGGACGAGGAUGUUUUAGAGGAUAACGAUGAACCUGCGCGCUUUUUGGUGGAUUGUUUGAUUGAGAAUAAUGUGUUGGAGUUGCUGGUUCAGAAUUUGCAGAGAUUAUCGGAUUCGGAUCCAGAUGAUAUGGCGGCUGUGUAUAAUACGUUAGCUACGAUUGAGAAUUUGAUUGAGGUGAAACCCUCGGUGGCUGAGUUAGUUUGUGAGAGGACGAAGUUGUUGAGGUGGUUACUAGGGAAGAUUAAGGUGAGAGAAUUUGAUAGUACUAAGCAAUACGCCUCGGAGAUUUUGGCCAUUUUGUUACAGAACAGUACGGCUAAUCAGAAGAGGGUGGGUCAGAUGAAUGGUGUGGAUGUGCUUUUGCAAGCUGUGGCUAUGUACAAGUCGAAGGAUCCUAAGAGUUCUGAUGAGGAGGAGAUGUUGGAGAAUCUUUUUGACUCUUUGUGUUGUUUGUUGAUGCCUUUGGAGAAUAAGGAGAGGUUUGUUAAGGCUGAGGGAGUGGAGCUGAUGAUUAUUAUUAUGAAGCAGAAGAAAUUGGCUUAUGGGUCAGCAAUAAGGGCGCUUGAUUUUGCCAUGACCAAGUAUCCGCCUGCUUGUGAACGCUUUGUGGAUGUUUUGGGGUUAAAAACUGCUUUUGCCGCUUUUAUGGAUUCCUUUGAGCAAGAAGAACAAGAAAGAGCGGUACCAAGAGGAGUUAGAAGAGCGCCUUGUGUCCCUAAUUGCAUCAUUAUUUGGUAAGCAGGUGGAAUUUUGAGGGGUUCUAGAAGGGAAAGAUUGUUAAAUAAGUUUUUGGAAAACGAGUGUGAGAAGAUAGAUCGUCUUAUGGAGUUUGUAUAGGAGAUAUUCAGAUAGAGUUGCAGCGGAGACUGAACGAAUGAAUGAGCUUGAACUUGAUGAUUUAGAGAUGGAUGAAGAAGAAAGGUAUAAUCGGAGGCUUGAAUCUGGACUAUACACUCUUCAGUUAAUUGCUAUCAUUCUGGGUCAUCUUUGGUGAUCUGAGUA